CUUGUCACAAGCUUGUUUACGUUUUUUUAUUUUUUCAUGUAUCAUUUUAAUGAGCUUUUAACGUUAAUUUAAUUUAAAAUAGUAUUAAUUAUAAAUUAACAAUACUUUUAAAUUAUCUUUUUUAUAAAACAUUUAAUUUCAAGCGUUUUUUUAACUCGACAACUCGCAAUUUUACACACGUGCACGUCCUAACCGUUGUAAAUUAAAUUUGUCAGCAAGAUAAAUAUUUGCACAAAGUCAAGAAUUGUAAUUAAGAUAAAUAGUAUUUAAACAAGUUCCAAAAUGAGUCAACGAAGUUCGCCACCUAGAAGUGUCAGACAUGCAGACGCUCCAACAUCACCAGCACCUGAGAUGGACGAGCCUUUUGAAGACGAGGGUCUUCUGGGAGAUGAACCCUCUCAGGAGGACAUCGUCAACGAGGAAGAGGGCGACGGCGAAGAAUUGUUCGGCGAUGACAUGGAAGCUGAUUAUCGGCCGAUGCCGGCACUAGAUCGUUAUGAUCGUGCUCUGAUGGAUGACGAUGAAUAUUCUGAAUUAUCUCAGGGUGAUCGAGCGGCUGCUGAAGCGGCGAUGCGCAAACGAGAUCGAGCUGCUGGUAUUUACCGGGAUGACAGAGAUCUUUUGUACGAGGACAGCGAUGAAGACGACACACAGAAUCAAAAACGCAGACGCGCUGAAAAAGCUGCUACCGGAGAGAUGGAGGAUGCUGAGAUGAUUGAAUCAAUCGAGAAUCUUGAAGACACAAGAGGUCAUUCAGUAAAAGAGUGGGUGAUGAUGUUGGGUCCAAGAACUGAAAUAGCAAACCGUUUUAAAAACUUUUUACGGACGUACACUGACGGCAAAGGUCAUUGUUUGUACAAAGAACGUAUCAGACAUAUGUGCGAAAGCAAUCAGUCUAGUUUCGUCGUUGAAUUUCCUGUACUUGCCAGCAAAGAACACGUUCUCGCUUACUUUCUUCCCGAGGCGCCAUUUCAAAUGCUUGAAAUAUUUGACGGGGUCGCAAAAGAGUUGGUCUUGACUAUUUUCCCAAGUUACGAACGAGUGACAGCCGAAAUCCACGUAAGAAUAUCCGAGCUGCCGCUUAUAGAAGAGCUGCGUACCUUCAGAAAACUUCAUCUCAAUCAGUUGGUACGAACACUUGGUGUUGUAACAGCAACAACUGGCGUCUUACCUCAGCUGUCUGUUGUCAAAUAUGACUGUACCAAGUGUGGUUACGUACUGGGACCCUUUGUGCAAUCACAAAAUGCCGAAGUAAAGCCUGGUUCUUGUCCCGAGUGUCAAAGCGUUGGUCCAUUUAUCAUCAACAUGGAACAAACUAUUUACCGCAAUUACCAGAAGAUAACAAUCCAAGAAUCUCCAGGCAGAAUACCAGCUGGUCGUAUUCCACGUAGCAAAGAUUGUAUUUUAUUGUCCGAUUUAUGCGAUCGUUGUAAACCUGGUGAUGAAGUUGAUCUCACUGGUAUCUACACCAACAGUUACGACGGGUCAUUGAACACCGAGCAAGGAUUCCCCGUCUUCUCGACGGUACUUCUAGCCAAUCAUGUUGUCAUCAAAGACUCCAAGGAUAUCGUCGACUCACUGACGGAAGAAGAAGUAAAUGAUAUUUUAAAAUUAAGUAAAGAUCAUCGUAUCGCUGAUCGUAUUGUCGCAAGUAUCGCUCCCUCAAUUUACGGUCACGAAUUUAUAAAACGUGCAUUGGCACUUGCAAUAUUUGGCGGCGAGUCUAAGAACCCCGGUAACAAACACAGAAUACGUGGUGACAUAAAUGUAUUACUCUGUGGUGAUCCAGGUACUGCUAAGUCACAAUUUUUGAAAUACACUGAAAAAAUAGCGCCGCGUGCAGUAUUUACCACCGGACAGGGAGCAUCAGCUGUCGGUUUGACUGCUUAUGUAUCAAAGUCUCCAGUGACCAGAGAGUGGACACUCGAAGCUGGUGCCUUAGUACUUGCCGAUCACGGAGUCUGUUUAAUUGAUGAGUUUGACAAAAUGAAUGAUCAAGACAGAACGUCUAUUCACGAAGCCAUGGAACAGCAGAGCAUAUCAAUAUCCAAAGCUGGUAUUGUCACGUCUCUCCACGCCAGGUGUUCAGUUAUCGCUGCUUCUAAUCCCAUUGGCGGGCGAUACGACGCAAGUAUGACCUUCUCCGAGAAUGUUGAUCUAUCAGAACCGAUUCUUUCACGUUUCGAUAUACUCUGCAUUGUAAAGGAUGAAGUAGACCCGAUGCAAGAUCGACAUCUUGCCAAAUUCGUCGUAAAUUCUCACAUCAAAAAUCAUCCUACGAAUGUAGACCGAGAGUUGCCACCAGAACUAAUUGAUGAUACUGCAGCCGAUGACAUCACCAUACCCCAAGACUUAUUAAAAAAAUAUAUCGUCUAUGCGCGUCAGAAUAUUCAUCCGAAACUCACGAAUGUUGAUCAAGACAAAGUUGCUAAAUUGUACAGUCAGUUGAGACAAGAGAGUUUGGCCACCGGAAGUCUUCCCAUCACUGUCAGACACAUCGAGAGCAUAAUAAGGAUGUCUGAAGCGAGUGCCAAAAUGCACUUGCGGGAUCACGUGCGUGAGGAUGACAUCAAUCUUGCCAUCAGAAUGGCACUGGACAGUUUCGUUGAUACGCAAAAGUACUCGGUUAUGAAGAGCAUGCGUCAUACAUUCCAGAAGUAUUUGAUGUACAGAAAAGACCACAGCGAACUACUCUACUAUAUUUUACGACAAAUUACACUUGAUACCCUGGCAUUCCAGAAAGCGCUCCAUGGAUCCCGGGUUACAACGAUUGAAGUUUCGGAGAAAGAUCUUCUGGAUAAAGCUAAACAAAUUGACAUUCACAACUUGGUGCCUUUUUACGAGAGUGAUGUCUUUAAGAAAAAUAAUUUUGUAUAUGAUUCCAAGAGAAGAGUUAUCGUCCAAACGUUGCCUGAAAUUGUUGAUGAAAAUAAUUAGUUUUAAGUAUUCAGGAGAUAAGAAAGAAGUUUUUUAAUUAUUACUUUUUUUUUACUAUUUAUAUUGAAACAUGUGACAACUGUGAAAAUACAAACAUUUAGUCUCUCUUUUAAUAAAAUAUCAAUAAAACGCAUUGUUUAUUUAUCAAUA